AGUUAGCAAGUGAGGUGGCUGAUAUGGUGGAGGAAUUGCGACGAUCGAAGCAGAAGGCUAACCAACAGGAAGUGAAGAUACUCGCAUUGCGAGAAGAGCUCAAAGUUGUCCGAGAAUCUCUGAAGGAGAAAGAACGAGCCUUAUCGGAUGCUGAGAACGCGGUGGACAGUAAGAGGGAUGAGGUCGAUGGCGAGCUGUUGAGCAAACUAAAGUCGUGUCGGAAGGACCUAAGAUCACGUGAAGGAAUUAUAAAUGAAUUGCGACGAGAUAUCUCCGCGAAGAAAUGUGAAAUGGUGGAAGCAGAAUCAAGGAUAAGUGACCUUGAGGCGAGACUGAAGACCGUCAAGAUGGAGGCCCAGCGUCAGGGGAGGACGGCUGAGCAGAUGAAAAGCAAAGCCAUGGAAGCACGAGAGGCGUUGGCAAUAGCUAAUCGGGCUGGAGAGGAUGCCAAGGAUAAGGAGAACAGGUUACGAAGUGAGACCGAGCGCUUGAAGCGACAAUUAGAAGUAACGACGCGGAAGCUCGAGAAGGUGAGCUCACAAGUCGAGAUGAUGAGAGAGCAAGAAGCGAGACGGGCUGAAGAUGCAAUUCGCACCGAUCGACAAGCUCGCAAACGGAGCCCUCGACUAUUGUCCGGCCGACGGAAUUCUCGUCACAGCAUGGAUAAUCAUUGGAAAGAGAGACAUAGAGCUUUGCACACGGUGGGAAAUAAGUCGUGCGAAGCAGGUCACUUGCAUGGAGCAGAGAACUCAGACCUCUCCAGCGUGUUGGAAAUGACUAGUAGAGAUAUAAGAUCAGGAUCAGCUGAAAAUGACUCCGACUUGCAUAUGAUAACCCUCGCAUCACUCGGGCAGACUGAUAGCAACUCAGUUCGGGGUGAAGAUCUUCUCGCAAAAGCUAUACGAGAGUCUUUGACGAUACUCGAGCUAAGUCCUGAGGAAGCCGCUGGUUUUCUACGACCACUUGAACACACUAAUCCAUGAGACUGUCAUCAUGACAGUCGUUCUGCCCUAUGAGGGUCUAUC